ACUGCGGCCAGACUGGGUCAAGGGCAAGGGUGCUGACGUGGAGCGCUCCGUCCACUUCUUCAAGGACUUCCAGGUCGGCGACCUCGUCAAGGUGAAGGCUGGCGCGAGCUAUCGAGCAGAUGGCAGGGAGCUUUACACAGCCGGUGACCAGGGAGUGAUCUCCGGCGUCGUUCCAGCCAUAGACGAGGACGGCAAGUACGACCGGGCGGUGAUCCAGUGGAUGCGUACUGGGCGCAAGAGCGCGGUACAGUUCGACGCCAUAGAGAAGCACUUCGUGAAGGUUGAGCAGGUGUCCUCUACAUGCAAUCCCAUGCUGAUCGGGAGUACGACCUCGGGCUUCGUGUUCGCGAUUGACCUCAGUGGCGGACACGAGCAGUGGGUAAUCCAGGGCUCAUCUCAGAUCGCUGGGGUCAAGGGGGCUUUGGCUUCAAAGGACGGAAUCGUUGUGGUCGCUACCAACCGCUGCACUGACCGGUACUGCUACAGGUAUCGCAACCAGACCAAUGUCCUUACGCCAGGCAAUACGGUGGUGCGGGGCUUGAAUGUUGUGGACGGCUCCCAGGCCUGGCAAUACGUGCCACAAGCGCCGGUGUGGAACAUGAAUCCGGUCUGGGGCCCGAAUGACAACUUCUUUUUCAACGACCAAGAAGGCAGGCUGUAUUCCCUGAACCUUUCGACAGGCACCGACAUCUGGGAUCCAGUCGGGGGCGAAACAGGGACGUACACCGAGGCAGCCGCUGUAUACGACACGGGCCCCCACCACAAUGUCUACGCCUUUGGCAUGCUGCCCUAUACUGGCUUUGGCUGCAAUCCUUACGUAGCGCCUGGCAUCCUGCCCGAGUGCGGAAACAGGCCUUUCAGACAAGGUAUUAUCCGCGCCUAUAACGCUACCUCCGGCCGGCUCCGCUGGGAGCGUGUAACGCCGCAUCCGCCGGCUGGCGGCGUUGCUGGGAUGCUAAACAGCCCUAAGUUCCACACCCGCCUGGUGGUCACACUGGGCUACAACUGCCGUCUCAACUCCCCCACGCAGAUUUGGUCUGUGGAUCCGCAAAGCGGCGGCGUCCGGUUCAACAAGGAGGGCCCGACGUUGUGGACCAGCAUGUGCGCCGGCGACAAGGAGGGUGGCGACAUCCGCCGGGCUUCGGGCGGCCGUGCCACGUGCAGUCCAAACAGUUGGUCCGCUCCUGUUAUCGAUCGGGAUGGCGACAUAUACGUUGGAAACCAGGUCGGCUUGUACCAGAGGUGGGGGUCGCCGACCGAGAAGAACGUGGACGCGCAGGCGCUGUCGAGCCUGGCGACGGGCGUGGCCUUCCAGGACAUGUCCACCGCGAUUGCCGACGGCCUCAUGGCCGUGGCCUCCUGCACUUCCCUGAUUGUCUUCCAGUCGGACUUCCAGGACGAGUUCCAAAACCUGACCUGGACCUUCCCCCCGCACGGCUACUCCGAUGCGUCGACGGCAAGCUACUCGCGGUGAGUUCGAGGCUCCAGUGGGCUGAUUGUUGGCGCAGAUGCCUUCUGAGAUCAGGAGGGCUGGCCGCUUUAGUUACAGCACCCACGAUUCACCUCGCACUUGUGCAUUGCAGUCUCCUUCAUCUCUCAUCAUUGCGAGCCAGCGACUGAUUCAUAAUCCUUGUGAGUCGCUUUGGCGAGAUCAA